AUGCCUCGAAUUAACAACAGAAAAUGCGGAGUGUGUGGGAAGACGGGUCACGCCCCACAUGAGUGCGAAAAGCUUGAAGAUUUGGUUUGCAACAAAUGCGCCGGUCGCGGCCAUAGUUUCUGGGAGUGUACGAGGCAAGAGCGAGAGGCUCAAGUGCGAUGCUACCUAUGUCAGGAAACAGGUCACCAGAGUAAUGAAUGUACCAACACGGAGAGAUGGAAAUGUAAGAUAUGCGGUGGAACAGGACACCAAGCCGCAGGCUGUCCAAAACGCCGCGGACGGAAGGGACGCUUUUGCUAUGGGUGUGGCGAGAAGGGCCACACCAUAACACAGUGCAUCAAGUCCAUCUGCUUUAUAUGCGGGAACAUCGGUCAUAUUGCGACCAGUUGCCCAGGAAAGAAAAAGGGAGGUGAGGCCUCUUGCAUCACAUAG